AGAAAAAAUGAAAUAAUUUAUUAAUUCGGAAAGCAUAAUAAAUCCAAAAGUGUGUUAAAUAAAUAAAGGUCUAAUAGCUCUUUCUUUUUUCUGUAAAAACUUGCAGACGAUUAAUGCAGUAUAAAACAUUAGCAGACGAUUAUUUACUGAGUAAAAACAUAAAUAUAUUUAUUGAAAACAAUAAUUAAUUCUUUCAAAGAAUGCAGACGAUAUUAUAUGACCAUUUGGCGGGAAAAUGUUAGAUAAAAACAGUAAAAUAAUGAAAUAAAUUAACACGCAGACAUUAACAAGAAGCCUGAGAGUUACAAUUCUACUAAAUCAAUUCGGUAUGCCGAGUCUCCAACGAUUUCAAUUUAAGUUAUAUAAAAUCGUUAAUUCUCCGAAAGUGGAUUCUGUGAUUUGGAAUAAAAGUGGAAAUGGAAUCGUUUUCGAUCUUAAUAAUUUUAAAAGAAACUUUUUGGAUAUUAACAAAGAUUUCUGCAAAAGCAAUAAAAUUGCUAGUUUCAUCAGGCAGUUAAAUCUUUAUGGAUUUAAAAAGACUACUGACUUGAGAACGAUAAGAAAUAAGAGACAUUUGCAUGAAUUUAAAAAUCCCUGGUUCUUACGAGGAAGAGAAGAUUUGCUGAAUAAUGUUUCUAGAAAUCAUACGCAUUUAAGUAAAAAUACAGUUUCCCAAAGAAAAAAAAGUAAACGCAGAGGAAAUAAAAGAAGGGGCAGACCCAUCCAUUCCAACAACUCCGGACCUACUAUAAAUAAAGCAAGAAAUAAAAUGAAUAAGUCAAAUUCCGAUUUAGUUGAGAGGAAUAAAAAUAAAGAAACAGAAAAGAAAAAGGGACAUUUUGAAAUUGUUAAACUUUUCAACUCAAUUCAUCAGGAAACUGAAACUUUAGGUUCAACAGUUGCAGAACCAAAGCAAAAUAUCAAAAAAGAGAAACAACGGAAGUCACCUAAUUCGAAGUUUCCCGAGAAGAAAAAACACGUAAAAGAUGUGAAUUCAGUAAAUAUAACAGCUUAUUCAUCAACAUUUCCUCAGGCAGUUAACAACCGCUCAACACUUGUUAAGCGUCAAAUGGAUAAUCAUAUUGAAAACAAAGCAGUUUGGAUGAACACUAGAAAAGAUUCAGUUUAUCGGAAAAAAAGGAGUGAGGGAAUCUCGUUAGGGAAUUUUAGAUUCCCUUUCACGAGUAUACAAAACAACACAGACGCUUGCCAGAACUGCUCCAAGACAAUCCUUCCUCAGUGUCAUGAAAAUAAAGAGAAUGUUAAAUUACAGCCAAAUGAACAACAAAAGUUCUACACUCUUAUUACAGCACCCAGACAUUUCAUUGCAGCACAGAACGUAAGAGAGCCUCUGAAAGAUAUCCAAGAGCGUAAAGAUGAUACUCUACAGUUCAUUCGAAUACCUGUUAACAGGCAGGAUUUUAAAUUUCCGUGGGCACUGUUAUCUGAUAAUAGUAGAACAGAUGAAGAGGAUCGAUUUAAAGUGAAAAUCAAGUUUGAUGCCGACAAUGAUUGUGAAUUGACUGAAGAAUAUGAGGAGCUCAGGGAUACAUACUUGAGAUUUAAACACCCUGAGCUUCAUAAUGAAUCUUGCAUAUGCCCAACAUUUUUGAAGCAUAUCUAGCAUCGAUCAAGAACAUUGCUGACUCAGAAAUACAGACAUUGAGCAUCCUUUUGUAAGCAUUUUUACAAAAUUGCUCUUUGUAAUUUAAUUUUUUUAUUUAAUUAUAAUUUAAAUUUAUGUAAUGUUUCCCCAUUGAUUACAUGCAUAUGACAAAGAUUGAGCUCCAUGAAAUAAAGAAUUUAAAAAAAUUCAAGACACUAUCGAAUUCAGGUAUUUUAAUGCACAUUUUUAAAGAUACUCAGAUUUAAUGUAUAAAAUGUUUGAUAACUUCUUGAACAGUAGUUUCGACCUCUGUGAUGUUUUGGUGGUAUUUAAUAUAGUUUCAUAUAUUAACUACAUGAUGUUUGUUAUUUGGCUAGAAUAUUGUCACACAAAAGUGAGUUCCAUGAGUUUGAGAUUUCAGAGAACAGGGAGGCCAAGCGAAUGCGCUCAGAAACACAAUUAGAGUGAUCGAAAAAUCUCUGCAUAACUGGCAAUCAACCACCAAGUUUUAAGUGAAUCUCGCCGAAGAUUUUAACGCUAUCAAAUUUAUUUAUUUAUUUAUAAGGUUCGAUUAUUAUCACGUAAUUAUUCUACUAUAAAUUUUACUAUUAAAAGAUUCGACAAUGAUUAGAGACGUACUGAAUACUCCUUAAAAGGAGAUUUAAACGGUCCACACUUCACGAACUAGUAUACGCUUAAGCUGUUAGCAAAUUAUCUAGAAAACUGUAUUUCACAUUAUAUUAUAACUUAAAAAAAUAUAUCAUGAUUAUGCUAUGAUAAUAUAGAUAACGAAUUAUGCUAUAAUAAUUAAUUUUUAUUACUAGAGAAACGAUUGAAACGCGCCAAAAAAGCGUGUUUUCAUUUACAAUACGUGUUGACUCGCUGAUUCAAGCUAGAGAAUUUAAACAUUGUGAUUCUUUGCAGAUCUUACAUAUAGUUAGAUUUUUUUUCAACUUUACAUGCAGGUUACUGUUUAAGUUUAGUUUAAGUUAUUUGUACAAAGAUUUUACAAAACUAAUCAUUAAUUUUUACGGGAGAGAAGUGUGAAUAAAAUCAAAAAUUGUGAAUUAGUUGAACGAUAUAUAAAACUUACUUAUAUUUGGAAUUUAAACAUUCAGAUCAGACAUUAAGUUUAAUGAUUAUUAGACAUACGCUUAAAAUUUUUAAAAAAUAUUUGUGAUCUCAACUUAAUUGUUUUAUUCUUAAUAG